AUGCAGGAGGAAAAGUUCAAGGAAUUGCGGCACAUUGACGUGGCGAUGGAGGCGAUGGAGGACGGAUCGUUGGCUGGGCGUAGCAUCCACGAGGUGAAGGAUUUGAGUGUGUCAGAGCAACUCUACCUCUACGAGCGCACCAGACGCUUCAAGGAGCGCAAGCGCGAGGACUUUCAGGAUGCCCCACCUCUUUGCGAGGUGGUCGACGCUGAUGUGGAAGAGCGUGUGGAUAAUCCGGACUCCACGGUCUACCUCAUCUUUAUGGAGGGCUCCACGCGGACCCGAGAAUCCUUGCGGAACGCGGCCGUCUACCACGGAGUGAAGGUCAACGAGUUCCAGGCGGAAAGUUCUAGCUUCAAGAAGAACGAGACCAUCACCGACACCAUCAAGAUGUUGUCCGUCUAUUCCACGCAACGGAGCAUCUUCGUCAUCCGGAGCGCUUUGGAGGGCGUUUGCAGCUGGUUGAGAACUGCCAUGGGCGCACAUGCAAAGAGGAUGGGGGUCCCUACACCGUCCUUCGUGAAUGCGGGCGAUGGGCUCUUUACCCACCCCAUCGGCGAGUUCGUGGAUAUCUUUUCAUUGUUGGAGCACAACAAGUGGGACCGCUCGGCGGUGCAUUUGGCGUUGGUGGGGGAUCUGGCGCACGGACGCACCGCACAUAGCAAGGUCCAAGGGCUCAAGAUUUUCAAGAAGGUGCGAGUGGAUUUGGUGGCGCCCGAAAUCUUCGGCUACCCCGUGGAGUACACCGAUAGGAUGCGCGAGGCAGGCUUCGAAGUGAGGUGUUUCGGCUCCGUGGAGGAGUACUUGGAAAGAGCUGGAGAUGUCGCGGACGUUUGGUACUUCUACAAGCCUCAAUUCUCCAAGUGUGGGGCUCGCACCCCAGCUUCGCUUCGCUUCGGCCCGGAACGAAGCCACGGUCUUGUGGCCUAUGGCGUCUUUGGUGCACUGCAGGUGCUGACGCGCUUGUACUGGGGUUGGAGAACUUCUUCUCGCAUGAGGCAGAUGUUGAAGGAUAUGCCCGCGACCAACGGGAAGGGCCAUGAUCAGCCCGCCGGUUGGAUCGUGGACAACGUCGCCAACCUGGAACGGCAUCACGACUGGCGCCGGGAGAUUUGUGAGGGCGUUCCAAUCGCCAAACAAUUGGGCUUCAGUUGGUUUCCUGGGCCCUACUUGCUCCUCAUUAAUGAUCCGGCCAUCGUGCGGCACAUCCUGAAAGACGAGUUCAACAAGUACUCCAAGAGCGACACCACAGUCGAUCCCUUCUUCUUCUACUUGAAGGAGUUCUUGGGCGAUGGCAUUUUCAUCGUGAAGCAUGGAGUCGGGGCUGAGGACAGCGGCAAGGACUGGAACCAAAUGCGCAAGGUGUCCUCGCAAAUCUUUUCGAGAAAGAACUUCAACACCAAGAUGCAAGAGGUGUUUGUGUCGAAGUCGGAGCAGCUUCGGAAGUUUCUGCAGAAGCAGGGAGACAAGCCAGUGGACAUCCAGGCAUGUUUCUUCAACUUUACCUUCGAUAGCAUUAUGGACAUCUUCUUCGGCGAGCAGAGCAACACCGCAGAAGGUGUGCCCAACGUCUACGGCAAGGCUGGUUUGUUGAGGGUGUGUGUGUGUGUGUGUGUUUGUGCGCGGGUGUGUGUGUGUGUGUGUGUGUGUCUCUCAAAAGAAAUAACCGCGGAUUCCGUUCCCGAAUUCGGGCGACCCAGCUCAAAGACCAGCUGUGAAGUGUUUUCUUCGUGGAUUGCGAUUUGGAGGAUUCGUUGGCAACAAGCGAUCCACACGCCCAAAGCAGGCGUUUGA